AUGGAGUUUGGAGGGAACAUGUUCUGCCUCGGCAACAGAGACCAAAAUGGAAACACUAACGGUAACACUUUCGCUUGGGAUUCAUGGGAAACAACUACUUCUAAUAAUAACAACAACAGUACAAGGUUGGUCAACGCUUUCAACGCCCCCGUCACUGGAGUUGCCGUGCCGGAGGGCUCCGCCGCCAACCGCCACGAGGCGGCGGGUUUGGCCAACGCUCUCAUGUUCCUCCCUCAAAACGGCGGCUUUUUGCGUCACCGCCAGCAGCAGCAGCAUCCGUACAGUGGGGAUGGGUCCCACGUGCACCCCGACCCGCACCUCAUGUGCUUGAAGCUUGGGAAGAGACAUUACUUCGAGGACGCUUGUGGAAGUGGAACAGUUGCUGCUGCUGCUGCUGCUGCUACCACUUUUGGCGGGGGGUUGGUGUUAGGGGAUAAGAGAGGGAAAGGAGGGUAUUCCGGCGGCGGGGCUGCCGUAAAGGCGGUGGGUUUGUCGGCGGCGACGGUGCCGAGGUGUCAGGUGGAAGGAUGCCAGGUGGCGCUGGUGAACGCAAAGGACUACCACCGGAGGCACAAGGUGUGUGAGAUGCACUCCAAGGCUCCCAAAGUUGUGGUCUUAGGGUUGGAGCAGAGGUUCUGUCAGCAGUGUAGCAGGUUUCACGUGGUGUCAGAGUUUGAUGAUUCAAAGAGAAGUUGUAGGAGGAGACUUGCAGGUCACAACGAGAGAAGAAGAAAGAGCUCCCAUGAUUCUGUUGCUAGGAAUUCUUCACAAGGAGGGUGUGCUCUCUCUCUUCUGUCAUCUAGAAGUGAUUCGUGGCUUUCUCCUUCUGAUCUCUCCACAAGAUGCAGUGCUGCAUUGCGGGAAUUGAUAGCAGAAAACCGGGCAGCCAUCAUGGCGAGGCAGUUUGUUUCAGACAGAGAUUGGCAUCUUCACCAUCAUGCAGUGGAAGACUUGAAGGAGAUCCAACCUGAGUCCAAUUACUUCCCACAACAGAUGUUUCCCCAGACACAGUGA